GCGCGACGCCUGACCCUGCGCGCGCCGGGUCGGAGAGGUUGGACGAACUCAGUCGCCGGGUCCUUGUUCUGUCACAGACGUGCGGGCCUGCGUUCUUCCAAGCUGACGGUUCACAGUGAGCAGCAUGUCACGGAAUCUGCGGGAAGCGAUGAAGUUCUUGACCAGAACUCCGGGCUUUGAUAGAGUUUGGGAAAAGGUGACCCUUGUCUCUGCUGCUCCUGAGAAAGUGAUUUGUGAAAUGAAAGUAGAAGAAGAGCACACUAAUAAACAUGGCACUCUCCAUGGUGGUUUGACAGCCACCUUAAUAGAUACCAUAUCAACCAUGGCUCUGCUAUUCACGGAAAGAGGAGUACCAGGAGUUAGUGUUGACAUGAACAUAACGUACAUGUCACCUGCUAAAAUAGGAGAAGAAAUAAUAAUUACAGCAAAUAUUCUGAAGCAAGGAAAGACACUUGCCUUUGCCUCUGUGGAUGUGACCAACAAGGCCACAGGAAAACUAAUUGCACAAGGCAGACACACAAAACACCUGGGAAACUGAGCAAACAGCAGGAUGAAAGGAACCCAGUAAUGAACAUCAAGUGUAAAUUUGAACAAAUCAUCAAAAUAAAUCAUCAGAAUCACAA